CUCUCUGUCUGCCUCCCUCCCCUCCCCUCCCCCUUUGUACAGUUCACUGAAAUGUAUGCUGGGAAGCUGAAAUAGACACAUAGAGAGACUGCAAAAAUGGCUGCACCAUGAGAAAAAAAACAAAAUACAAUUGCAAUCCAGAUACAGAAGGUCUGAUCAGGGAGCCCAGGAGUCCUCCUGCGGCGGCUGCAAGAGGGGGACCCCCAAAAAAGCUCUCUAUUUGAUUUUGUUUGUUUGUUUUGCUGGUUGAUCAGAGCAGAAAGAGAGAGAAGAGGAGAGAGAGAGAGGGAGAAAGGAAGGAGACCAUUAUCUACCAGGAGGGAGAGCAAUUAGAGGAAGCAAACCUUAAAGUCCAACAAAUAAAUUAAUGGAUAGAAAUUAUCCAACCGCUGGCUUUGGAGAUCCUUUGGGGGCUGGUACAGGAUGGAGCUACGACAGGACGGCGAAAGCAAGCUUGGUCUAUGGAAGCUCAAGGGGCUCCCACCCAGAAACGGAUAUUUUGCACAGACAGGCGUACGCAACACCUCACCCUCUGCAGGGAUACGCUACCAACCACCACCCAGCAGGAUUGUCUGGGUUGUUUGAGACGGGCCUCCACCAUGCAGGUAGUGGCACCCCAGAUGCUUCUGUGAUGAAUCUAAUAUCUGCUCUCGAAUCUCGAGCUCCUCAGCCUGGACCCUCUGCUUCCUCCCUUCUCUCUCAGUUCCGUACACCUUCAUGGCAGACAGCCAUGCACACCCCAGCGCCAGCAGAGCUCUUCAUAUCUGGGGCCAUUCCAGGAUCCGGUACAUUUCCAUCAUCCUCUGCCCUUUCUGCUUACCAGCACCCAGCAUCUUUCAGUGGUAGAAGCUUCCCUGUGACAUCUUCGUUGACACUUCAAGAUGCCACCUUCAGCCCAACUUCAAAUGGUCUCCUCUCUCCUCAUGAUCCACUUCUCCAUAUAAAGUCAUCCCAGUCUUCUGUCCCAUCUUCACUGAGUUUUGAUCGGCUUGGCAGCACGGUGUUAGGCACUGGACUACAGUCUCAGAGCUCAGCCUAUCGCAGUGCACAGGAAUCCGCUUCACGUCAUCUUCCCUCCCAGUUCAAUCUGCUCUCCUCCUCCCUUGGCCCCUCUGAACAAACAUCCCAGCUCUACAAUGCUUCUGUGUUCUCCAGCUCUCCAGCCUCUUCAAUUGAAAGAGCAAUGCCUCGACAAGACAGCGUUAUUAAGCACUACCAGCGGCCCUCCAGUGCCCAGUCCCAGCUUCCUUCAGCUGCAGCUGCUGCUCACUCCCUGCAGCACUAUCUAAGCUGUGGGGGUAGUUAUCAGCAAAUGUCACAUCGCUCCAGCUUGUCCUGCAGUCCAUUGGGGGACCAGUCACCUGUCAGCAGUGAAGGUUCGCAGCAGAAGAACUCGCAAGCACGCCAAGAGCAGUCUCAGAGCUACAGACCAAUAAUUCAAUCCCCGGGGUAUUCAACCUCUUCCUCUUCCAACAAGUCUAAGAGCUACUCGGCUUCUAGGCAGACUCCCCGAUCUACCGCCACUCCAAAGUGCCAAAGCAUUGCAUCCACCGGACAGUCGCACAACUACUCUUCCUCCACUCCAAAGCCCAGUUCUGUUAUUGCAAGCCAGUCUCAAGCGUACUCUCCCGGACAGCCGCAGAAUCUUCUUUCUAUGUCCCAGUCACAAAACUAUGCUGUCACUCAAUCGCAGAACCUUUCAGCUGUUACUCAGUCGCAAGGCUUUACAUCUAGCCAGGCCCAAGAUUUGACCAGUGGGAGCAAGUCUCAAAGCUAUACAACUAGCCAGUCACAAGGCUUGCAGACAUGUGUGAGCCAGAAUCAAACCUACUCUCCCGAGCAAUUGCAAGGGUUGUCAUCCGUGGGUCAGAUUCCAAGUUAUAGUGUCCAAACAGAGUCCCAUGUGUCUGCAAGCCAGGCUCCUAGUUAUGUUCCUGCUCAUUCUCAAGGUAUGCCAACUGCCAGCCCUUCCCUGAGCUACAGUACUGGCCAUUCCCCGGCCAUGUAUUCUUCUGUUAGCCAUUCCCAGAAUUUAUCAGAUUCCAGUCCCUCUCAGAUAAUUCGACCUCUACAGUCCCCUACUUCAAGUCGAUCGCAAAGCGUAGCUUCUCCUGGACAGUCUCAGAAGUAUUUGACUUCAGUGCUUUCACCUUCAUUCAUGCAAGCUUCCCAUUCGCAAAGCUAUCAAAACUCCCAGCCCAAUCUAGAAAGAACACCCUCCUACAGCAAACCAAAAUCUGAUUCUGACCUUCUCUCCACUGAAAGGACAGAUGAUGAAGACUUCCUCAUUCAGCACCUACUACAGUCGCAAAGUCCUCCCCGGGUCUCUUCUGAAAGCCUUGAGUGUGAGGAAAGAUCAAGUAAAUCAAUGGGCUAUGAAAUGAGUAAAACAGAGGAAAGGUAUCACCUACAAAGUGUUAUAAGGACUAAUUCAAACUUGGACAACCAAGGGUUGGAGUUGUCUUUACAGAGCUUAAAAGACAAGAAAAAAAGUGAUCGCCACAAGGAGUAUUCUAACACAAGGUCAACUCCAGAGUCUUUAGGAACAUCUGUUGUUCAUUAUAGUCACCAGACAGGCCCCAUGGAUUCUUUCACUCAGGACAUCAAAAAGUCAGUAGACCAUUUACCACACAUGGACACCUCAAAUAAAGACUUAAACUCUGCUCAUUCAUACAUGCAAAAGACCCCAGAACAUGCGUCGCAAGCGCACAGAAUGGUGGCCGAGAGUCAGUCCAUGGAGACUCACAACAUGCUCCAAAGCCAGCAAGGCACUCCAAUGAUGAUGGAUAACUCUCCUGAUCUGCCAAUGUCUCUUACCCACCAGCCGACCACUCAACAGUCGCAACUACUGCAAUCUGUUCUCACUCAUACCCAGAGUCAGCUGCAGGCGCAUCAGAGAAAAGUACAGUCAUCAAUGGAUGUACACCUUAUGGAACCACAGAGGAUCCAAGCUGAAGCACAAUCCCCACAGCUACAAAUGCAGCUGCAGUCACAGGCAUUGGAAGCCCAUUUACAGUCACAACAAAUGCAUGUUCGCUCACAGUCUAUGGAGGUACACUCUCGUUCCCAAUCAAUAGAGGCACAGCUGAUGGAUUCCCACCAGAUGCAAUCAGACCAACAAUCCCCUCAGCUCCAGGCACAACUUCAGUCAGAACGCAUGCAAGCAGAGAUGCAGCCCGAGAGGAUGCAAGCAUCCCUUCAAUCAGAGGGUAUGGAGGUACAUCCUCAGAAUGACGCCAUGCAGGCAUUAUCCCGGUCUCAAGAAAUGCAGGACUUUCUUGAACCUGACCUGAACUUGGAAUCACACUUGGGACAGACUGGUUCUGUGCAGGGUCAGCAACACCUUAUGUCUGAUGGCGGAGACCCCAUGCGUUUAGAUCAAGAGUCCUCCUCUCAGCAGGUGCCUCAAACUCAGAUGGAGCCUAAGGAUCAGUUUGACAGCCCGAGUCCUCAAGGAUCAAAGCAGCGGUUUGUUCCUCUGACAUCUAUCUGCUUUCCCGAUUCGCUUUUGCAAGAUGAGGAGAGAAGUUUUUUUCCUGGCAUGGAGGAUAUGUUCUGUCAGCAAUCUUGUGGUAAUGAUGAGUUCCCCAAGUCCAGCUGUGGUGACGAUGGCUCUCAAAGCAUGGACAGAAAUGAGGCCAUGAAAAACAGCUAUGAGAUGAUGCAGUCUAGCCAAGGUUAUUCUGGUUACUGCACCUCUGAAAAUAAUGACAAUCAACAAAAUGUUCACUUGGGUCUGGACUCUGUAUCUGUAAAGCAUGAGCUGCCAUCUACGGUCAACACAGAACAAUUAGGACUAAUUCAGUCUAGUCAUGGUCAGCAGUCAUCAGAAGUAAAACCUGGCCUAACCUCACCCAUUUUCUGUUCUUCCAAGCCCAAAAAGCUUCUCAAGACCUCAUCUUUCCACCUGCUAAAGAAGAGAGAACCCUCUUUCCAGCCUCCCAAGAAAAACUAUGCUCAGGAGUAUGAGUUUGAAGACGAUGAAGACAAGGAGGAUGUCCCUGCUGAUAUAAGAUUAAACAGUCGUAGAUUACCUGAUCUUCUCCCAGAUCUUAUCUCUAGCUGUCGUACUCGGCCAAACAUAAGCCCAAUGGGUGACAUUGACUUCUGUCCACCCAAUAACAUGGAUGGACCAAAGAGACGUGGCCGGAAGCCCACAAAACCUAAAAGAGAGGGCCCCCCCAGGCCCAGAGGACGACCAAGGAUCAGGCCUCUGGUAGAACCACAUGUUUUAGGUCAUGAUGGUAUUAGAAAGCCUCGUGGAAGAGGUAGAGGGAGAGGCAGGAGAAUAGCAGAUGAGGGAAGGGAAAGUAUGCCAAUGGAACCCCUGAAACCACUAAAGAUCAAACUGCAAGUGCCAAAAGGGAACGAUACUUUGCAGAUGGAUCAAGCUGAGAUGCUUCCUCCUCCCCAGGAGAAUGCUUUGGACAACAGCCAGACACGGGAGAAGAUCAAACAGAAGAUCAAAGAGGUUGAAGAAAAGCAACCAGAAAUAAAAUCUGGCUUUAUGGCCUCCUUUUUGGACUUCUUAAAGUCAGGCAAGAGGCAGCAGCUGCCCACAGCCAACACCAGCCCUUCAAAGAACCGUCCACCCUCUGCCCAGCAGGCUUCACAGGCUUCCUUUGGGAUGGCCUCUCAAAUGCUUUCUGGAACUCUAGACUCGACAGAGAGUGACAGUCUGGUUAUGAGUUGCACCAGCCCUUGUAAAAGGUUGGAUGAUGAGCUGAAGCGGAAUCUGGAAACCCUACCUUCCUUUUCUUCUGAUGAGGAGGACUCUGUCAGCAAAAACCAAGAUCUGCAAAAGAGUAUCUCCUCAGCCAUCUCUGCUCUCUAUGAUCCUACUGACCGCAAGGAAGCAGAAAGUACAGCCCCCACAGUGGUAGAGGAAAAGGUGUCCAGCCCUGUACCGUCUGAACCUUCAUCACAUCCAGAACCACCAGUUGCGGUCUCACCACCAUCUCCUCAAGAGGCACCAGCUCCAUCACCUCCUCCUCCUCCUCCACCCCCACCACCACCUCCACCCCCACCAGAAGAACCUCCUGCCCAGUCUUCCCCUGAACAGGAAGAGCCAGAAGAUACUAGACCUCUACACCUGGCCAAAAAGCAGGAGACUGCUGCAAUUUGUGGGGAGACUGAUGAGGAAGACGUUGAAAGCAGCGGUGAGGGUAUCUUCCGGGAAAGAGAUGAGUUUGUUAUUCGAGUGGAGGACAUUCAGGCGCUAAAGCUUGCUCUGCAAACCGGACGAGAGCCACCUCCAAUCUGGCGGGUUCAGAAAGCUUUAUUGCAAAAAUUCACUCCGGAAAUCAAAGAUGGACAGCGCCAGUUCUGUGCCACCAGCAACUAUUUGGGAUACUUUGGUGAUGCAAAAAACCGGUACCAGCGACUGUAUGUCAAGUUCCUUGAAAAUAUCAACAAAAAGGACUAUGUGAGAGUAUGUUCCAGAAAGCCGUGGCAUCGUCCUCUGCAAAACAUAAGAAGGCAAAGCCAGACAAAAGCCCCCGGCGCAAAGAGUCCUGUGGCCGUUUCUAAGCCAGAAAAGUGUGAGAAGCUAGAUCGCGCAAUUAAAAUAGACCUUAAUACGCGGCCAGAAAAGUCUGAGACAGGAGAGAAGCUAGAGAAGAUGGACAGAGUGGAGAGACCUGAUAACGCAGAACAAGAGGAGACAGUUGAAAAAUUUGAGACCGUUCACCAAUCAGAAAGAGCAAAUACAGGGGAAGAGCUUGAACAGCAAAGCCUAGCGGUCAGUAUAGCAAAGGAUGAAGCUAAUGGAGAUAUUGAUAAGGAAGAAAAGAUUGAUGCAGUGGAACAGACUGAGACCUUGCUUCCAAAUGAGAAGGAAGAACUUGUUGAGGAUGGUGACAUUUCUGAGCCAUUAGGGAUGAAAGAUAAAAAUGGUCAUAUGGUUAAGUUUGAGAAGGCUGAGCCAGUGGCCAAGGCAGAAAAGACUGAGCAGAUGUCAAAACCAGACAAAACAGAACCAGUGGUCAAGGCUGAGAAAGCGGAGCCGGUGGCAAAACUGGAAAAAACCGACACUGCUGUAAAAACGGAUAAGAGUGCCCAUGUGGCAAGGCCUGAAAAACAAGAACUCAUUUUGAAGCCCGAGAAGGUGCCUCCUGCUGUAAAGCCUGAAAAGUUGGAACCGGGUUUAAAGCCUGAAAAGGUUACCACAGUCAGUAGGCAAGAGAAGACAGAGCGUUCCGCAAAGCCAGAAAAAGGUUCCUCAUCUGCAAGACAAGAAAAGGCGGAGCGCAUUGUAAAAGCAGAGAAAGGUACGCCAAUGGCAAGGCAGGAAAAGACUGAACCGGUUGUAAAACCUGCAGCAGUGAUAAGGCAAGAGAAGACUGAAGCUGUGGUAAAAGUAGAAAAAAGUGCAACAGCUAACAAGCAUGAAAAGGCUGAACUUGUUAAAUCGGAGAAGUUGGAGACUGCUCGAAAGGCGCAAAAAGCUGAAUGUACAGAGAAGACCUCUUUACCAGCAGAAAAGUCAUUGAAAGACGAGUUACUGGAAGCACCUGAGAAAGAGGACUUGAUGAAAAAGACAGAGAAAGCUGAGACACCCAGUCGAGUUGAACAAAAUGAAGCAACAAAGAAACCAACUAAGUCAGAACUGAUGGAACAAACUAUAAAAGUUGAAGCAGUAAAGAGAACCGAGAGACAGUUAUCCCAAGACAGAGGAAUGAGGCAUGAUAGAGGGGAAAAAUCCUCAAAGGUGGACAAGGCUGCAAAGACCGACCGUUCCGAAAAAACUAGGAAGAUGGAGCGUUUGGAGAAACCAAGCAGGGUAGAAAGAGUAGAUCGAUCCCCUAGGUCACCCAGAUCACCCAGGCCAGAUAAAAUAGAUAAAACAAGAGUGGAGAGGCCUGAAAAAACUACUAGGCCUGAGAGAUCUUCUAAAACUUCCAGGACAGAUAGGGCUUCAAAAAUGGACAAGUCAGAGAGACCUGAAAAAAUGCCCAAGUUAGAAAGGGUCGAAAAAUCCCCAAAGCUUGAAAGAAUUGCGAAGAAUGACAGAGCUGAGAAAAUUGAGAAACCCAUGAAAGCUGAAAAAAUUGAGAAACCCGUGAGAGCUGAAAAAAUUGAGAAACCCUUGAGAUCUGAGAAAAUUGAGAAACCCAUGAGAGCUGAGAAAGUUGAGAAACCUGUGAGAGCUGAGAAAGUUGAAAAACAUGCAAGAGUGGAAAAAGUUGAGAAAGUAGAACCACCGCCUCCUAAAGUUGCUCUGAAACCUAAGCAGAAACACGCAAAAGUGAAGGCUGAGCCACCACCAAAGAAGAGGAAAAAAUGGCUGAAAGAGGUGGCUUCGUCUUCUGAUUCAGACUCUUCCCCUGACCAGCAGAGUGAAGAAGAGCGCGUUCCUGUGGGCCGUGUGUUAAAUACAAGAGCCAUGAAGGAGAUGUACCGAAGCUACAUAGAAAUGUUGGUCAGCACUGCUCUAGACCCGGAUAUGAUACAGGCAUUGGAAGAUACUAGUGACGAACUUUACCUUCCACCCAUGAGGAAAAUUGAUGGCAUUGUAAACGAACAUAAGAAGAAGGUUCUGAAAAAGAUCUCCCUGAGCUCAUCCAUUCAGGAGGCACUUCACACGUUUCCGCAGCUAAAUAGUGAUUCAGGGGACUCUAUUGUCAGGAUAAAACCUUGUGGGGAGCCCUACAACAGAAAAACUCUCAACAAGUUAAAAAAGAAUGUAGCCAAGCCACAGGAAUUUAAGGUGGAUGCUGAGAAAUCACUUUAUUACUCCCUGUACCAUUCCUUGCAUCACUACAAGUACCACAUCUUCCUACGUUGCAAGCAAGAGACCAACGCCAUAGAAGAACAGAACGAUGACCUGGGGCAAGAAGAGGUCGUUCAGCAGUGCAUGAGGAACCAACCGUGGCUCGAAAAACUCUUCGAUUCCUUCAUUGACCUACUCACACAAGCGCAGAACAAGUGCGCGUGACCAGGCCACGUGACGCUUAUCAGAGUAGACGAAACAGAAAGAAAACCUGUUCACGUGGAUUCUAAUCACAAGCUGAAAACUAGUGACUCAAAAGAUGAGAGGGGAGGGAGACAUACCAGGCAGGAAAUGCAAAGGAAUUGCAAAGUAUUCUUCCCUGGACUUUGUUGCCACAGCAACGAGCUAUAAGGGGAAUAAGAUGACGUAAGUUUUGCAGGCCUCAACUAGACUUUCAGGCCUCGGGCUUCUAGCAGUGAAGCUUCUGAUAGUGAAACAUGGUGAUCCUCUCUUUCUCUUGACUUCUGUCUUCUUCCUCUGUUCUUUACCUUUUCUCUCCAGCAGAGAUGGGUUUUUGCUCAAUGUACGUUGUUUUAUUUUCCUUUAGCUCCUCAUGCCAUACCCAUCAAUACAGUACAAAGGAUUAUAGGCCUUGCCUUCUGCUCAGACCUGCUUCCAAUGACUGACCUAUUCUGACAGAAGCAGGCAGGCUGGCAUUUCGGCCCUUAUUAUUUAUUGGGAAGCAUGCGUGUAUGUGUUGUGCGUGUGUAAGAGUCAGAAUAUUUUGUCGGCUGGGGCAAUGGGCAUUUUAGAUUUUUGGAUUAACAAAUCUUUUCAGCGAUGAGGGUAACAUGCCACAAAAUGUCAGAUGAUCCCAUUUCAGGGCCGAUUUCAGUUUGGCCACACACUAAAUUUCUUUCUGGAAAGAAAAGCAUUGGAGAUUUUAUUUUCUAAAACCUUAUGUCACAGCCUGUGUAUUGGCUUUGUGUCUGCAAAUAUUUUGUCUCUUGCUAAGCAUAUCUUUUCACCUAUUGGAUACUAACUUUUGACCCAAAAGACACCAUUCCACAAAAAGUUUUUUUUUUUCGUUUAACUUUUUGACAGAAAGUCAGGAGAUAUUUAAGUGAGAUUUGCUAAAUAUGGCGAGUCUGGGCAAAAAGGCGAAAUUAUAUAUCUGGCAAAAUAGAUAUACUGACAAAAAGGUCCCAUUUGUUGCCAAUGGUUGUAGCAAAAUCCGGGAGAGUUCCUGCUGCUUCAUUUUAGGAAUAAAGUACAGGGUAGAAAUAUACCUACAACUAUUCUCUCCAAAGAUAUCCAAUAAAUUGGAAAAGAUAACAAAUGGUACCAUACCUGUGUGCUGCAGUAUUAGUUAUCAGAAGCUUUAUAGCCUCUUGCCAACAAAGUAAUAAAGGUUUGUUAAUCCAA